AUGUUUUGGAACAUCAAAGGUGGACAGGGUUUUCGUGGAGGUUGUUUCUCAGAUAUCUCCACAAUUACAGAUCGGGGAUCUUCCAAAAUCAAGAAGAUUGGCGCAUAUGGCUAUGUCUCUUCACCUUACAAUUUGUAUGGCACUUUGGCCCAGGGUUGUGGUGUGGUAGGGGUUGAAUGGGGGAUAAUCCCACACGGGAGUUUCGAACAACGUCUAGUUCACAUUUGGCUGGAUAUCUCCACCACCACACGGGGUAUGCGGUCGGCGAUGGGGUCCAAAUGCUCGUAUGAUCGAGGGCUUUUCGAUGGAUCUAUCGGCGGGUUCUUAUUCGAAAAAUCGAGCGAGUUCGUGGUGGGGCGGUUGGCAGCUUUACAGUGA